CGAAGCUGCAUGGAGCUAGCGCCACUGCGCCAGUGCAUGCGUCGUAUUCACCGUGGCUUAACGCCUUAACCAAACCAAGCCAAGCCCCGUGCAACAACAACGCCAUGCCGAUUUGUAUAAUAUGAUGCGACCAAGUGCAGGCCCGGUGUUCGUUUCGUCCGUGCGACUCCGCGAGAUAUUUCGUCCGCCCGCGCGCGCGCGCGCCUCGCCUUCGGCUCGGCGCGUGGACCGGAUGGACGAUCUGGCGGCGGCGCUGGCGCGCGGCGAGGGAGCGUGGACGGAGGAGCAGCACGCGGCGUUCCUCGACCGCAUGGAGCUCUCCUUCGUGCAGCAGGAGCUCGCCGCCGUCGCCGUCAGCGACGAGCGGCGGGCGUCGCGGAGGCUCUGCCGCCGGCCCGCGCCUCCGCCGGCGCCCGCAGCCGCAGGUCGCUGCGGCCAGCACCAGCUCUCGCUCUCGCUCGACCGGCCCCUCCCCGACAGCGCCGUCGAGUCCAACCGCGCCGCGCCUUCCUCCCGUCCUGCCGCCCGCGGCCGCGGCACCGGAUGACGCGCCCGGCCGCUAGAGGGAUCCAUCGAUCAGGUUGCUUCAAGGGGUAUGAACAACUAUGAACAGAUGAUGGUUAGAACAAGGAUAGAAGGAUAAAUCCCCUUCGAUCUAUGUAGAUACUUUCUUCAGGCAGUUGCUCUGCCUUUUUCUUUUUACUGUAUCUAUGAAGCACUCCCUCCGUCUCAAAAUAUAGCAAUCUAGGAGGGAGUACUCAGUAGGAGUACUCAGUAGUAGAAUUGAUGUUUUGUAGGUUUGUACAGCUAUGCUCACGUCACGUGAUGGGUUGGUGCUAGCGCUUUCAUUAUCCAAACUGUGCCUUUAUAUCUUCUGCGGUAGCUCUCCUUACGAAUGAUAUUUAUCGGACUGUGCAGAUAUUUUUUCAUAAAA